UUUCUCAUAUUCAAUUUACUCUUAAUCAGAAAGUGAGAAGUCACUGAUUACGCUAUAUCAGUCUGUCCAAUCUGUGUGCAACCAGUUAGGUUAUCUUGUUGUGUAACUUCGGUGGCUAUCCAGUACAGUAAGCGUUUGCCUUCCACAGGCGGUGGAAGUUUCUACUGAGCUGCUGACAUCAAUGAAAUCAUGUCCUACGAGAUCAUACUAACCUCUACACGCGAAAUUAAGGAGGCUCUUCUGUCUGAUCUGGAGGAGCUGCCAAAUCUGAAGAUUGGAGAUUAUAUUCUUCACAUAGAACUCGAUGAGCUGACUCCUGAGGUAAAGGAAAUCGCCAGGAAGGAGCUCAGGGAAACGCCUGAAGUCAGGAAAGAAGCAAUCGUAGAACUCAGAGAUCUCCUUCGAGAGGAGACUGAUCUCAAAUGUCCUUUAGACAAGGAAGCAUGGCUGGUAAGGUUCCUUAGACCGUGCAAAUUUUACCCAGAGAGCGCAUUUGAGCUGAUUAAGAGGUACUACCAAUUCAAGCAGAAACACAGCAAUUUGUAUGAUGGGCUGGUCCCAACCAAGAACAAGAACAUUUUUGAUCACAACAUUCUCACUGUGUUACCCAACAGGGACCAGUUUGGACGCCGUGUCCUCAUACUUGAACUGGGAAAAAAAUGGAAACACAACAAAGUUUCACUGGACGAGGUCUACAAAGGCUGUGUGCUGUUCCUUGAAUGUGCCAUGUUGGAGCCUGAGACACAGGUUGCAGGUGCUGUGGUAAUAUUUGACAUGGAUGGCCUUUCCCUACAGCAAGUCUGGCAGUUCACCCCACCCUUUGCCAAGAGGAUUGUUGAUCUACUCCAGGAUGCUAUUGCUUUGAGAAUAAAGAACAUUCAUAUAGUCAAUCAGCCUUACUUAUUCAACAUGGUGUUCGCUCUCUUCAAGCCAUUCCUGAGGGAGAAACUACGAGGCAGGAUCAUCUUCCAUGGUACCGACCGCGACUCUCUGCACAGCUACUUGAGCCCAAAGUCACUACCUGCUCAAUAUGGAGGCACUCUAGAACUUCCACGGAUUGAUGGGCCUCAGUGGUACAAGCUGUUAAGCAUGUGUGAGAAGGAAUAUGAAGCUGUCAAUUCCUAUGGUUACAAGAAGGACGUGGAAUCAAAGAAGUAGAUUGAUUAACAUCAUUGGAAUGUAAAUAGUGGCAGAGUAUUUUGUUCUGUCAUAAUGAAGUCAUUUGUAAAGAACCAAUUUGCAAGCAGCACACUUUCAAAUUGCUCUACUUCAGAAAUUCUCCAGGUGCCUUCAUUUCCAUGUAUGAUGAAAAUUCUCUGUGCAUUCAUUUAAUUAUGCCAUUAUAUAAAUUACAGAAUAUAGAGAAUCAAUAUCCAAAAAUUAGCCAAGUUUUACAUUCAGUUUAAAUAUUCCAACUAUUUCUACAUUCCAUUCUUUUACAGUGUACAAUAUUAGUUUUAAUACACGCAUUACAAGUAUUUAUGGAGUACUUAAACUAAUGAGCCAUAUCUCAUAGUAUAACAAUUCUUAAUAAUUUUGGAAGAAAAUAAUUAUUUCCCAUCUGGCUGCCGAUAGUGAUAUUACGUGAAUUGAACACAGGAUUGGUGAUGGAGGAAAAUGUGAAGAUUAUUUUUCCACUUCUCUCCAACUGUACUCUGUCCAUGCAGCUGUUAUCAAGCACCAUUAUUAUAUGUGAUAUUUUGGUCAGGUCCUGGUCUGUUUAUGAACUGGAUUUCCAUAACCUGUUCACUCACAAAUCAAUCUACAUAUAUACAUAUUUCUUGUAUGGUGAAAGAUGAACAUACACACCUAAGAAUAUUACAUCUUUGUUCUACAAUAUCAUUGAUUCAGCCAAUAACUAAGGCACAGAUUUCUUUUAUUCAAAUUGAGAUGACUUAUUUUUAUAGGGGAAUGAGUGGGUUUAAAUUAUAUAUUAAAAUUAUCUCAUAUCAAGUAUUAAAAAUUAGUAGAAAGAAUCAGGGAUGAGAUCCAUAGUAUUUUAAUAAAAAUAGAAGUAAUUGUAUUAGAUGUUAUAUAUAAAUAUAAACAAUUAUCAAAUGGUAUUACUACUGAAGUACAAGCAUCUAAUGGUUCUUCAUACUAAGCUAGAAUUUUAGUAUAUUCUGUUUCUUAUGCGACAUCAAAAUGACCUAAAUAUACGACUGAACACUUUGUUAGAAACUUUGGUUAUUAAUAUAUUUUUAUUCUAAAUGUUUGUUCCAAAAGCUUCAUAUUUGUGAGAUGUGAGGUUCUCAUGACAAUAAGUAUCAAGAUCAGAGUUAUGAUAUGUUUGGUGGAUAGAUACCCGCAUUUUUGAGAAUACAGUUUCCUAAUUUACACAUACUCCAACCAAGAAGACCAUAUGUAGUGGUAAUACAAGUGUUCGUUCAGAUCUUCAAGUAAAUUGUGUCUGUUCAAUUUCUCAGAUACAAAAUUUGCUUUACUUACACUAACUUUUAUUAACAUUUUCAUAUGUAAGCUUUUAUAAGAAAAUCUAGUAACAGACAAAUGGGUCAGGCUAACAUGAACUGUUCAUAAUUUUUUCAUUUUGUUUCUUAGGAAGACACCUAAAGUUUGGAUUUAUAUUAUCACACCCAAAUUCCCACAUUAUUUCUGUCAUAUUUCUGUUUAUUUAUGUAAUAACUAAAUUCUAUGAAACAACACUUCCAGUGAUGCAGAUGCAUGCUAUCUGGUAAGUAAUUUCUUGUGAUGGGCAAGUGUAAUGCACAAGUUACAUAUCAUAGUAACUUUGAACUCAGUUCAGUGUACUGAAAUCUUUGUCAGUACUCACCAAAUAACAAGCCAACGACGACAUAUCGUAUUUUCAACGUGUUUAACGAAGAAUUCCUAUACAGAAAACUGUAGACCUGUAACGUUGUUUGUAAAUAGUUUAAAUAUAAAU